AAGGCUGUCUUUGACAGAUGAAUAGCAAAAAUGGAGAGCACAUAAAUGCGAAUAUGCGCAAUGCCGCUACGUUUAUCCGCGUAACGGAUGUGCCUAUACAUUUUUUCCUCAAAUUAAAAGCAUCAAAUUUGUAUCCCUUUCGGUGAGGCUUAUCUUACGCCCCCCAGAGGAGGACAAACACUGUGCAAGGAGAGAAACUUCGCACCCUUGGGGGACGCAUCUAACUGGGGACCCCCCUGCAGUAUAGCAGCAUAUGUGUAUUAACACACAUGUGUAUUUUCUGCGAAUGGUCAUAAUUAUAUAUAUGUACACACAAGCGAGAGGCAUACGCACGUGAAGUGAUGCACGUAUGCCCUUAGUCACUCCACUUCAUGACAGCAAUUGAUUGGAAGGGGCACACACCCAAGAUAAGCGCACACAUACACGCACAUAUACACACAUAUAUAUGUGCACAUGCAGAUGAGCCGCCAACCCGGCGCAAAUCACGCACACCACGCUGCCCAUUUCUGCAAUUCCGCGCCCCACACUUUUUGCAACUAACGGAAAGCAACAUGCUGAAGAAAAAAAAGGACGCAAAUGUGAAGGAAAAGCUAAAAACGACGACGAACGGGAUGAGCUACAAAAACUGGGAAAAAAAUCCCAAAGCGGAAGUGCUAGAUAAAGAGGAAGAUUUCAAACACCUGGAGGAAAAGGAACACGAAAUAGAAAAAAUAUCGAGGAGAAUUUACGAAGAAAAUAGUAAAAUAAAAAAAAUAAAUUUACAUCAUAAAAUAAUAAAGGAAGAAUUUGAAAAGAAACAAUUAAUCGAUCAAAGUGAUAAAAAAAAAAAAAACACUCCUGAUUAUUACAAAAAAAUUACAACAAAGUUACAGAACAACAUAAAUAAUGUGGAGGAGUACAUUAAUAACAUUACAAACGAUAUUAACAUUUUAAAAAGCUCCAUAGAUGACGAAAGAAAUGAAAGAAUUAUCUACAAUAAUAAUAUGAAAAUUCUUGUUAAUGAAUAUAACACUUUAAAAAAAAAUAUUAGCAACUUAACCACGCAGGAAAAGGAACAAAACGCGCAAAAUGAAAAGCUAAAAGUGGAGCUGAAUGAACUCAUUAAAGAAAAAGACACCCUGGAGAAAAAACACAGAGAAGACUUCAAAAUGCUGCAGCAAAAAUUGAAGGAGCAAAAAAUACUAUCGUCUGAACAGAAAAUACACGAGCUAAUCAAGAUGAAGUACACCUGCAAGGAAAGGCGAAAUAACAAAGCGGCGGAGGGAUCCGAGGACGAGUUGGCGCGAAGAAACGAAAGACACGCCACCUCCACCACCACUAGCAACAACAACAGCAACGAUAAUAGCAGUAGGAACCCUUCUGGAGAAGUAAACGCCCCAAAUGACAGCUCCUACCUCCUGGAAGAAGCAGACUACGAAGAUGAAAAGAAAAAAAAACUAAACGCAAAAAUAAUUCUCCUAAAGAAACUGUGCCUGAGAAUCCUAUUCAUCAACGAAUAUCAAAAGCAAAAUAUUAAAAAGUUGGAAGAAAACAUCGAAAAUAUGAACAAGGCAAUCAAUUCUAUAAGCAUGCUGACAUCCAAAAAGGGAGAUUUCGAUCACAUCAUUAUAAACUUAAACGCCUCCAAGGAAAAAAACUACAGUCUCAUUUCGAGAAUAAAUUUACUAAAUUACGAAACCAACGUUUUAACCAAGUUAAAUAAAAAAAUGAAGGAGAAAUUUAAAAAUAUUAACCUCCAAAAUGACGAAAUGGUUAACUUGAAGAAAGAAAUUACAAACAAAAUGAACGACAAAAUGACUCAUAUUAAGACAUCCCUACUGAAUAAUCAAGAAACUUGCAAGUUAAAAAAAAAAUGCUUUCACGAUUGUGUUAUGUACUUGAAAUGCCUUUACGAUUUUAUUAAACAAUUUGAAAAUAUGAACAACAAAUUAAAUCUAAGGACACAAAUAAUAAAUAGAGAAAAAAAUUUCCAUUUUAAUUAUAUACACAAAUAUAAUGAAGAAAUUCUGGUCGAUGAAAAUCACCUAAAUGACUUUUUAAUAUUUAUUGAAAAAUAUAUUUACGCUCUUAACUUUUACCUUCCUUCUCCUACAUUCAAUUACAAAAACUUUAUCAUUGAGAACCCCAAUUUUGACGUUCUCGGUUCUGCCCUAUCGGCGCCUUCUCUAAAUUCCGCCUCGAACGAGAACGCUCAUUUGGAUACCCUCAACUGCGUCACCUCCGAAAAUGAAUUGGGCCCCUCUGAAGGGGGUUCUCCACAGGAAGACGAAAAGUUCACGAAUGAGCCCCUAAGUGAGGGGUCGAUAAAUCUGCACCCUCCCAGUGGGGACGACCCCCUGAAUGACACCAGCCAGGGAGGCGAUCAGCUCGCGAGCAUUCCCACGCAAGGGGAUCAACAGGAGGAAGCACACCAAGAGGAAGCACUCAAAAAAGAGGAAGAAAACCAAAAAGAAGAAACACACCAACAGGAGGAAGCACACCAAAAGGAGGAAGAAAACCAAAAAGAAGAAACACACCAGCAGGAGGGAGCACACCAAAAGGAGGAAGAACUAAACGACAACCAAAUUGAUCAGCACCCUGCGGCGAACAGCCAGAUGGGCAACCCCAUUGCAGAAGUAGAAAAAGAAGACCAUAAGUUAGAAGAGGGAGCCAAAGAAGAGGAAGAAAAAAAUGCCAUGGAGGAAGAACAGCCAAAGGGGGAGGAACCACAAAGCGAAACAAAACUAAGUGACAACGUGGAAGGUGAAAAUGGACAACAUGGUAAUGAUUUGCCAAGUGGGGUGAAUGAAGGUGACCCGUCGGAAGGGGCACCGAAGGAGGGAAGUUCUCCUGGCGAGCAAAAGGAGGAUGAGAGUACGCCUAACGAGGAAGAGGUGAAGGUACCAGAUGAGGAUAAGGUUAACGUGCUAGAUGAGGAAGAGGCGAAGGUACCAAAUGUGGAAGAGGUGAACGUGCCUGGUGAGGAAGAGAUGAAGGUAUCAGGUGAGGAAGAAAUGAAGGUACCAAAUGAGGAAGAGAUAAAGGUAUCAGGUGAGGAAGAAAUGAAGGUACCAAUUGAGGAAGAGAUAAAGGUACCUGAUGAGGAAGAGGUGAAGGUACCUGAUGAGGAUAAGGCGAACGUGCCAGAUGAGGAUAAGGCUAACGUGCCAGAUGAGGAAGAGGUGAAGGUACCAGAUGAGGAUAAGGCGAAUGUGCCAGAUGAGGAUAAGGCUAACGUGCCAGAUGAGGAAGAGGUGAAGGUACCAGAUGAGGAUAAGGCGAAUGUGCCAGAUGAGGAUAAAGCGAACGUGCCAGAUGAGGAUAAAGCGAACGUGCCAGGUGAAGAGCAAAGCAACGCGCCUAAUGCUGAGCAGGAAUCUUCACCAAAUGUGGAGGAAGUGAACACACCGGUGGAAGAACCGAUGGACGCACCGACAGAUACGCAGCAAACUUCGCCGAACGCGCCAAGCGAAGCGCAGGCAACCCCCGCUGUCGCAGAUAUAGAGGGAGAUAACCAAAACUACAAUUUAAAUCAUUUCAAUUCGCGCAGCAUCGAAUACGAUAAGCUAAAAGAAGAAGUUCCCACCGAACUGUUAAUGAAAAAAUAUGACUCUAAGAAAAACUCAACGGCUGCAAAUUAG